CGCACCCUUAACAUCCCAUAACAACAACAAACGACCACUUCCCAAAAUUCCCUUUUCACUUUUCUAUCUAUUCUCCAAAUCCAAAUGGCAGAUGAAAAAAUCACUCUAUUGAGUACAUGGCUAAGCCCUUUUGGGAUUAGGGUUAGAAUAGCCUUGGCUCAGAAAGGGGUAGAGUACGUGUACAAGGAAGAGAAUUUGGGCAAUAAGAGCUCAUUGCUCCUCCAGAUGAACCCUGUCAAGAAGCAAAUCCCUGUUUUGAUACACAAUGGGAAACCGGUUUGCGAGUCACUGGUUAUAGUUCAGUACAUUGAUGAGGUGUGGAAUCAGGAAUCUCCUCUGUUGCCUUCUGAUCCUUACCAGAGAGCACAGGCCAAGUUUUGGGCUGAUUUUGUGGACAAGAAGCUAUAUAGCCUUGGGAUGCAACUAUCGUCAUCCACAGGUGAAGCUGCAAAGAAGGAGCUUCUGGAGAGCUUUAAGCUGCUGGAAGGAGAGCUUGGACAAAAGCCCUUCUUUGGUGGUGAAACUCUAGGGUUUGUGGAUGUGGCCCUGAUCCCAUUCUACUCUUGGUUUUCUGCAUUUGAGCACUGUGGCAACUUCCUCAUGGUGGAAGAGUGCCCUAGACUUCUUGCUUGGGCCCACAAGUGCUUGGAAAAAGAGAGUGUGUCCAAGACUCUCCCUGAUCCGAACAAGGCCUUUGAUUUCCUCAUGGUUUACCUAAAGAAACAAAAGGCUAAUUGAGUAACGAGUGACAUUUCGAAGAGGGUUUGUUUGGUAAUUAUCAGUCUCCAUGUUGGAUGGGGAUAAUAAUGGGUUUUUCUUGGAAGAAUUAACGAGUGGUAUCGCUUCUUUGUAUGAGGCCCAAUUUGUUUUUUUCCUUGGUUUUGUUUGCCUAGGGAGAAUGGGCUUCUGUUUUCUUUUGUUUUUUGGUUUCGCAAAACAAAAUGUAUCUUUUCAGUGUUCAUCACAUUAAAAAUAAAGAAGAGUGGCAGAUUUAGCA